AUGACAUCUCGCGUCAUCGCCACGGGAAGCCGAUCAGCAAACGCACACCCGACAGCCGCGUCGUCCGCAUCGAGCGCCGUUCGCGAAAAGCCGGCCCCUUUUCGCAACCUCAGCUUCGGCAUGUGCAACGAUGCCGUCUGCACAUCGAGCCCUUGGCGCAAGCUUGUUGCAGGCGUCGCGCGCCUCCCCGAGGUCACGCAGGAAGCUCUCCAUAUGUGUUGCAAUAGACCCCCGAGCCGGUUGUUGCUGCACCGGCUGAUCGAAUGCAACGGCGGCGUGGUGGACGGGAGCGGCGGGGGAGCAGGGGGCGACGGCGAGGUUGCGUCCGGAGCCCGGCGGGUCGAUCUGCAUCGGCUGCACGUCGGCCACGUCGGCUUCUGCCAGCUCUGGCUGCUGGGCGGCGGUCAGCGUGGAGAAUGGCAGGACUGUUUGGGGCGCAUUUGA